GAUUUCAUCAGCCUUCGGUUCUCUCUGCCUGCGGCUUAAAUUCUCUCUCUACAGGGACACACACACACACACACACGGAGACCGGGAAAAGAGAGAUGGCCAAGACGCUGCUGGUGGUGGCGCUGCUGCUCGUGGCCGUCGUCGGCCGGUCGUCGGCGGAGCUCUCCGCCGACGAGCAGAAAAAGUGCCAGGCCGAGGUGACGAAGCUGAUGGACUGCCUCCCGUACGCGCAGAAGUCGACCAACGAGCCCACGGCGAAGUGCUGCGCGUCGGUCACCGACAUAAGGACCGCGGACGCCGCGUGCCUUUGCUACCUCCUCGCCGCCACCCUCAAGGGCGACGACGCCGUCAAGCAGCUCAAUCUCGACAGCUCCAGGAUGCUGGCCCUCCCUAACGUUUGCAAGCUUCAGAACACCUCCAUCUCCGACUGCCCAGCACAACUGAAGUUGUCGCCGAACUCGCCGGACUACGCACUCUUCAACAGCUCAGCUACUCCAGCUCCAGGCGCUCUACCAAAGGUAUCAACAACAACAACAACAACAACCACAACCAGUGCAGGAUCGCCAUCUUUGGAUGCUUAUAGUAUCCAAUUGCCUUUCAGUAGCUUCGCCAUUUACGCGGUUUCUGUCGCUGUCGCUGCAUUCUUCGUCAUCUUCCUAACCUGGCCAUGAGGACAGCAGAGAGAAGCUUUGCUAUUUUGUCUUUCCUUUCUGUAAAGGACACAGCAGCCCAUGGCGGUCCUUUUUGCUUGGAUGCUUUUUUGUCCUCUUCAUGUGAACUCUUUCAAGCUACCAUUUCCUGAAUUGUUUGAAACGUAUGUGGAUCACAUUGUUCACCUUGUUCCUGUUGGAUUUUUAGAUGGUCUGAACAACAGUUGAAUGAUUUUUCUUUUCUUUUCUUA